AAGUCCGCCAAGAAAGACAAAAGAAAAAAUGGAGAAGAAAGAGUUAUGGAUUAACUUGAGAGAAGAAGAUUUAACCUCAGAAACAAAGACUCUAAUCUCUUCUCUUCCUUCAGAUGAACCAUACCUCGGUCUAAACCUCUGCAAAUACCAAGGUACUUGGUAUUACUACAACUUCCUCCAAGGUAUCCUCAAUGUCCAGAGAGGUCUUCAGCCUCAAGACACUGAUAUCAUCAUCGCAUCUUUCCCUAAAUCCGGUACCUUAUGGAUCAAGGCACUCACUGUGGCCCUCUUCCAGAGAUCAGAGAACCCUUCUUCUGGUGAUGAUCAUCCUCUUUUAUCCAACAACCCUCAUGACCUCGUACCGAUUCUUGAGAUGCAUCUGUAUCGCGACACCCACAAACCGGACUUGACCAAGAUCUCAUCGUCAUCUCAAAGGGUGUUCUCUACUCACAUGCCGUUCCAUACUCUUCAAGAAGCUCUCAAAUACUCUCCUUGCAAGGUAGUGUACAUUUGCAGGGAUGCUAAGGAUUGUAUGGUGUCACGUUGGCGUUUCAUUUGCAGGUGUCUGAACAAAGAAGAGGACAGAAACAUUCUCGGGUCUAUGUUCGAGUCCUUCUGCAGCGGGGUUGCCUUGUUUGGUCCCUUUUGGGAUCAUAUCCUGAGUUAUUGGAAAGCUAGCUUGGAAAACCCUAAGCAUGUUCUGUUUAUGAAGUACGAUGACAUGAAAACAGAUCCUCAUGCUCAGCUCAAGAAGCUUGCAGAGUUCUUGGGUUGUCCCUUUUCUGAGAAAGAAGAAAAAAAUGGAUGUGUGGAUGAGAUCUUGGAGAUGUGCUCUCUGUCUAAGCUGAGAAGUUUGGAGGUUAACAUGACCGGAGAAUCGGUCAAUGGCAUUGAUAACAAGAACCAUUUUCGUAAAGGGAUAGUCGGUGACUGGAAGAAUUAUCUAACUCCAGAAAUGGGGAACAAAAUGGACAUGAUCAUGGAGGAGAAACUCAAAGAUUCGGGUCUCAAGUUCUGAGUUAUGUUCUAAAAUGCAUUGUAAUUAUAAAGUAGUUUGUUCUUAUGUAUGCUUCAUGCUUUGGAAUUCUGAGUUAUGUCAUGUGUUGUUUGUGUGUGUGUGUUUCUUCCCCUGGGUGUUGUUUGUGUUCUUUAAUAAAAAGUAAAUUUCUAUAGUCAAGACUCAAGACCGUCUUGGACAUAACAAAUGAAACAUUAAUCUAUAACUUCAAAUUUUACAAAAGAAUUUAAAUAAACGUUGGCUCUCAAAUCUGUAUGAAAAAAUAUAUCAAAACUAUUUUAAAAUUGUUUAAAUAACCCGCAAAAUCUCAACUUGUGUUCCCUAAUGCUUCCUUUCAUUCAUUAUGUAUGUGUUCAUACGACGGUAAUGAGAAUGCUGCAAAAAGAAGGGUAUCAAAAAGAAAAUAUUCUUUUAAUAGUAAUCUUAAACAUCAUGCUUUUUUCUCCUCUUCUACUCAACAUCAGUUACAAAAAGAAGGGUAUCAAAUAUUUUCCUCUGUGCAUGUAACACAUGUUUGCCGCCCUUCUUUUUGUAACUGCUGUUGUGUUGACUCAGAAGAAAGCAUGAUGUUUCGGAUUACUAUUAAAAUACAUGUAUUAUUAGUGUUUAUUUUGAUUUUGAGUGGUCAUAUAUGGCAUGUUUAUGCAUUUCACUCAUAAACUCCAAUAUUGUUAACAUUUAAACCAAAAAAAAAACUCCAAUAUUGUAAACACAUGAUUUGUCUAAUCUUGAGUAAAAUGAGUUCACCAGUCGUAUUUACUUUAAAAUAUAAAUAAAUUUUAUUAUUUAUCUAAUAAAUCAAUCUCAGGUCUUAUAUAUCAACCACAGCGUACAUACUCUUACUCGCUAUGGAUGAUUGUGAUUACAUUUAGAGACGACCUGAAAAUAAUUAACAUAAGAUAUAUAUGUAAUAUAUAAUACAAUUAUGCCGUAGAUUCACAUUAACUCGACAAUGUGUUAACUUUUGUAACUUGUAAGUGAAUCACAGGACUAAUUACUUCAUAGCCAGUUUUUUUUUCUCUCCACAUUCUCACCACCUCAAGUUCUCCGGAAAAUACUGUAAAAAUUCAAAAUAGAGUAAAGAAUAAUAAGUU